GCCUGGCUUGAACUUGCUCAUGUUUUGACAUGGGCAGAGAAUUCAUGAAAGGCAAAAAUGCUUAUGUGACUAUUGAACUAAGAAACAAUAUGACAGAGAUGUCAUUCAUGUAUUAUCCUUAUAAAGCACUUAAACUCUAUCAUCACAUCUGUGUUCGUUUCGGCCACAGCAUCAUCAUCAGUCACACACAGAUGUCCUGUGGUUUUGUUCCCAUCCUCCAUCACAAAAGCAAAACAGAAGUACAUGUGCGCAGGCUACUGUCACGUGUACAAGAAAGCCCCAACAAAACAGAAGGGAUGAAAAAAAGAACAUGAGUGACGGCCACGGCCAGCCAAUCAGCGACGCAACACUGGGUAGCAACAAGAUAAAUACUGGCGAUUUGUCCAAUCAGAAACAGCAGGGGCGUGGGCGAAAGCUUGGGUCCGCACUGUGUGUUUACUUCCGUCAAUAUUUCCAUCAAAGCAGGCAGGAGAGACAAGAAAAAAAGCGAAGACGGAGGAUACAACAAGGGAGUCGCUUUUGGUAAAAUGCCUUUCUUAGGCCAAGACUGGAGGUCACCAGGAUUGAGCUGGACAAAGACCGAACAUGGCUGGAAGAGGAUUGUCUUCUAUGGACACGAGUUGGAUGAUGACAACAGAGAAAUAGAGUUGACAGAGCUCUGCAGUGACAACAAAGAGAAUCUGUUUGUUGGGGAUGUGUGUGAGCUCGCCACCACAAAGAGGAAAAAGGACUUCUACAACAACAACACCAAAUCUCAGUUUGUUUUCAGGGAUAAAUGGAUCUAUGUGCAGAAAGGAAGCACAAAAGAGCGACAUGGAUACUGCACGCUCGGUGAAGCCCUCAACCGUUUAGACUUUUCCAGUGCCAUUCAGGACUUGAGAAGAUUCAAUUAUGUUGCAAAGCUCUUCCAGCUAAUAGCCAGGUCCCAGCUGACUUCUUUGAGUGGAGCUGCCCAGAAAAACUAUUUCAACAUACUGGAGAAGAUUGUACGAAAGGUUCUAGAGGACCAGUACAACCCACGCCUUGUCAAGCAGCUGCUGCAGGACCUGAGCUCCACCCUGCACAGUCUGACCAUCCAUGUAGGCAGGUGUGUCCUCGUGGGCAACGUCAACAUCUGGCUGUGUCGACUGGAGACCAUUCUCAAGUGGCAGCAGCAGCUCAACAACCUGCAGAUCCCAAAGCAAAUCUGUGAUGGCAUGUCAUUCAAUGACUUACCGCUAUACAUGCAGAACCAGAUCCUCUGCAAGUUAUCUGAUGCCUAUGACAUCAUUAACCUCGGACAGGCCACGCCCACUCUGCAUUGCCUCAGUGAGAACAGGGUGCUGUGGAAGAAACUCUGCCACUUCCACUUCUCAGACAAACAGUACUGUAGGAAUCUGGUCCUUACAAAGAGCGGUGUGGUGGACUGGAAGCUGAUGUACUUCACUCUGCAGAAACAUUAUCCAAUGAAGGAGCAGUACGGCGACACCUUGCACUUUUGCAAACACUGUAGCAUCCUCUUCUGGAAGGAUCGCCACCUGGCUUUGUUAUUCAAGGACUGUGGCCAUCCCUGCACAGCCAACGACCCCGACAGCUGCCUCAUGCCCAUCUCUCCACAGCACUUUAUCGACCUCUUCAAGUUCUAAACCUUCGUCAUUUUUUUCUUCAAGCUAAGUGGCCGUUUACCUCCGCUCUUGAGUCCGAGAGUGCGUACGAGACCUUGAUGUCACCUUUACCCAAAUACAAAGGGCUUGAAAUGAAAGAGAUAACUUUUCUAUGUUUUAAUUUCCUUACGCACAAAUGUUUCCAAGAUUUACCGUACAUGUUUGUUGCUUUUAUGAAUGUUAUUAAUGGGUGAAAUGUAAAAGGAACUUCGUUGUUUUCCUGCUUUUCCUCUUGCAGUAAAAAAAAAAAGUUCAUUUCUGACGGGACAGAAAAAAAUAUGUUAAUGUUAUAUGAAUAUAUGAAAGGAUUUCAAUGUAAAAGAUGUUGUAGAGUGUUUAUGAUAGGAAAGUGAUGUUACAUAAGGUGUAAGAGGGGUUGUUGUUUUUUUUUACAGAUAAGGUCAAAAAUUACAGUUUGGAGUUAUAAAAUUAUGUUGAAGGUUUAUUUAUAGCGUUAAAACUAUUCUGCUCUUUUUGUUUCGGUGUUUAUUUCCUGCAAUAACUGAAUGCAUGUCCUGUUUUUGUUGAGUCCCUGUUUACAUGAUUUAUGUUGUCCUUUGUGUACUCUUGUUGUGCUCUGUAUACAAUGGAAGUAUGGACAUCAAGAAAAUAAUGUAGAACUCCCUUAACUGUACAAGUUUUAUCAGCCAUCUGGUGUCCAACCUGUCAAAUAACAGAAAAAAAGAAAGGGGAAAUGUAAACUUUGGGAUGGGAAAAAAAAGUUUUGUACCCUUCCUUCAACUUUUGUAAUAUUCUUAUGCUGUCCCGAUACUCUUGAUGGUACUAUAAUGACUUUACCGGGACGUGACCUACUUAUACAAAAAUUAAAUCUUUCUAUAAACCUG